CGCAUCCGUCUUGACUGAUGUGGGCCGUCUUGACUAAAGUUAUGUUAAAUUUGUUGUAGUGACCUCCCUUAGUUUAAAGUAUUCCAAUAAAAGAAAGAUUAUCAAUCUACUACCUGGUAAAAUACAUUUUUCCUUUCAAUCAAGAACUCAAGAGUAUCACCAGACAUGAGUGAAAUGCUAAGAAAUGAUAUGGAGAGUUAUAAUAAGUCGGAAGGAAGCGAAAGUUCGGAUGAAGAUUCAAUGGAAUCUAUCGCGGACGAACCUGGACAAUCGAAACCUACAAUCUCGUACGACUUCACUGUUAAAACUUGGAAAGAUGACAUUGCGUUUAUAAUUGAAAAUAAACGAAUAUACGCUGCUAAGGUCGUUCUGGCUCUGACCUCACCGGUGUUUGAAGCUAUGUUUGGCUCAGAAUUUACAGAAAGGUACAAGAAUGAAGUAGAGCUUCCAGGCAAACACUUUGAUAGCUUCCAUGAAUUUCUCUGCUGCUUGUAUCCAAACAUAAAGAAGGCGAUCACUAUUGACAAUGUGUACAAAGUGCUUCCACUGGCGGAUGAAUACCAAAUAAAGUCCCUUAAAAAGAAAUGUGAAAAAUUUCUUCUGAGGUUUAUAAAUGGUACUGAUGUUCCGACAGAGAAAGUCCUGGCAUGUCUGUCUGAGGUUUCCUUGCACAAUCUUUCAUCUGUUAAAGAAUGUUGCAUCUCAAAACUGCUAGAAAAGAACCCUGAAGAGCUUGUUAAGAUUUCCAAUGAUUUGGUAUCAGACGACAUACUAGCAUUGGUACUUAAGAAAGUUGUUUCAAAGCAGCAGACAGCUUAUGGUCAUCUUCACACUCGGCUGGUUAAGUCCUACAUGCUGUUAGACAUGUCUAAGGGAUUUCACACGCCAGAGCUCCAAGGCUUUGACCAUGCUAUUGGAGCAACCAUUAGCCAUACCGUGACAAACGUUUCCAAACUUAAGUGGCAGAAAAGCAAGCAGAUUACCCUUUGGAAUUUUAAGUUCAACGCAUUCCUCAAAAUAUCACCAGAAAAUUUUGGCUUCUUUCUUCAGUGUGAACCACCAGAUGGUAUUGAGAAUUGGUCAUGUGUCGUCAAAGGUAUUCUCAUUCUGAAAAAACAUUCAGGAGCCGUGGACAAGAACAACCGGUGCUUGAAGAUAUCGCAUACCUUCACGCCAGAACAGUUUGACUGGGGAUUUGGAGCCUUUGAAAAAAUGGAGCGCGUGUUAAAUCCAGUCAAUGGCUAUAUUAAAGAUGACAGACUGAAAGUUAAAAUUCACUUCUUGGCAAAUAAACCAAAUUGGGUUGAACCAUCUGGUUAAGAAAAAACAAACGUAGCAUUUUUGCCAGAGCAUAAACUAUUGAUUUAGUACAUAAUACAUGUAAUCACAGGGUUUAAAAAAACUUAUUUAUGAUUUUUAUUUUGAAUUAAAAAUUCCAAAUUCAAGCUUUGCACACUGCGUGGUAAUUUGAACUGGCUUUUAUUCACUGUUAGAUGCAAUUAUAGUUUUCGCUACCAGGCCUUUUCCUGGCAAAAUCUACAGGUCCAUUAAACAGACACAUUCCCAAACCUAAAUUGUAAAGAAAUUCCCAAUUUGAAAGAACUACAACCAAAUUCCCCCCCCCCCCCCCCCCCCAAUUUUUUUUUCAGAAAUUCAGAAAAAACGUGUCUAAUGAUAAUUUUCUCUCAACUUUAUUUCAUUUACAUCUAACAAAGAAUAAUUUAUAUGAUUUUAUUAACCAGGUUUUCCGAAGGAAAAAACUGGUUAUUAGAUUGGCGAAUGCGGGCUGGCGGAAUAAGCUUGUCCGGGCCAUAACUAUGUCGUUCAUUGUCAGAUUUUAAAAUCAUUUGGCACAUUUGUUCACCAUCAUUGGACGGUGUGUCGCGCGAAAUAAUUACGUCGAUAUCUCCAAGGUCAAGGUCACACUUUGAGUUCAAAGGUCAAAAAUGGCCAUAAAUGAGCUUGUCCGAGCCAUAACUAUGUCGUUCAUCGUCAGAUUUUAAAAUCAUUUGGCACAUUUGUUCACCAUCAUUGGACGGUGUGUCGCGCGAAAUAAUUACGUCGAUAUCUCCAAGGUCAAGGUCACACUUUGAGUUCAAAGGUCAAAAAUGGCCAUAAAUGAGCUUGUCCUGGCCAUAACUAUGUCAUUCAUUGUGAGAUUUUAAAAUCAUUUGGCACAUUUGUUCACCAUCAUGGGACGGUGUGUCCCACGAAAGAAUCACGUCAAUAUCUCCAAUGUCAAGGUCGCCACGACUAAAAAUAGAUUUAAAAAAAAAAAAACAUACAAAGGGGGUUAAUUUUUUUUGGUCAUUUCAAAAGUUCAGUUUGAGUUUUCUCCCUUUAUCAGAUUUUUUUUUCACAAUGAAAACCUGGUUUUGUGACAAUUUUGUCCCUUGUUCUUCUUAUUCAAAUUAUUAUUAAGAGUUAUUAUAAAUAAUUGUUCCCAAAUCAGUGGACUUUUUACGCAAAAAAAGCCCAAUACCGAAAUUAAUUUUUUCCCAAAAUGGCCAGGAAAAGGCCUGGCUACAAACAUCACUGUCAUAGUUCAGAUUGAUUUGUUUCAUUCUAUAUAUAUAUACAAAUUAUUUCAUUGAAUCUACAGAUCAAACUGGGUUUCAUGAAAUAGUGCUUUAGAUUUAACAAAACUUUGCUUUUAUCACUUUCAUUAUUUUUGGUAAUCUCAUCGAUCAUUUCAAUCAGUGCUAUCUUUUCUUGCUUGUCCUGACAACUUCAAAAUACAACAUGUAGUUCUGUUAUAUGACAUACAUAAAGAAAGCUUAUGCAUGUCACAAUUUUAUAUUUUGCUUGUGUUACCUUAAGUGCAAGCUAGAACGAUGUGUUAUACAACAUGUAAUGGGCUCUUUUUCUGAAGGGAAAUGGCUGCUUGAAUAAUUGGCAUAUAUCCAUGUAUUGAAGUUGUACAUUGUGAGUGUAAAAGUUUUGUUGUUGAUCAAAAUUCAGCUGUGUAGUGCUGUGCAGAUUCAUUACAGAAACUUAUUGUACCAUCCUGUAACAAAGUAAAGGAGGGUAUUGUCGAAUUAUUAUGAACAUGUGUCUGUCUGCAAUGUUUUCUUGUCACUUGGUCAAAAUGUGAUGGGGGCCAUUUAGAUUGGGAAUCAUGUGAUACAAGGGGAUUUUUGAAAUAAAAUUUAUAUGACUACAUGUCUAAAUUCUUCUUUGUUAUUAAACUUUGAUAAAAAAUUUGCAUCAAAAUGCAUAAUUGGAUUAUGACAUAACCUGUAUUGAUGAAAAUUGUUGGGAUUGUUGAUAAAAAUGCAACUAACUUGAGGCAAUUAUUGUUCAAAUUUUGAAAUCUUUUUUUCGAAAUGAAGCUAACAUUAAGAGAGAAAUUCUAUGGUGAUUGUAAGGCAAAAAUCUAUACCUUGAUAGCAGGACACUCACACACACAGUGUGCCAUAUUUCGACCCCAAAUUGGCUCAAAAAAAAUAAAUGAGUCUGUCCGUUGGCUCAAACCUGUCUAAAUAUGUUCUCUUACUCUUUUAAUUAUGCAACAUCAAACUUGAAGGCAUUGUUUCUUAUGGAACGAAGUUAUUAUCCUGAGUUGAAAAUUACAAGUUAUUCAUCCUUUUCAACCUAGAGAUUGAUCAACACCAGGCUACUAUAAUAUGCAACAUUUUGGGGUAUUCCUCGCAGGCCAUCUAGCUCAAAUGGUUAAGGGCUGGACUUCAUAUCAAAGGAUUGUAGGUUUGAUCCCCGUCCCCCAGGCACAUAACUUGUGUUGGCAUUGGUCAUGAAAUCCUUUCUCCGACCAUUCCCCACCCCUACCUCUGUCUUAUGUAGGGUAAUUGUCUGUAACUGGCAUAAGUAAGUGCACUUAGUACUGGUAAGCCAGCUAUCCCAGAAAAAGUGUGAGUUGGUAAACAUGAUAGACAGAAAUACUGUAGGAAAUGGCAAAAGAUACAACUUAACAAAGUCACAAUUGUGACCAUAUCUAGUUUUAUAUUACUUUUCAAUUAUUUGGUAGAAUAUCUUCUGUCUUAUCCUCAAAUAAAACUUGUAUCUUUAUUCUAUGGUAAAUCUUGUAUCAGUGAGCUCUUGUAGCGAAAAAAUUGGCCAAAAACCUCUUUUUACCAUUUUUAAGUAUCAGUAAAAUAAGAACUGCAUGAGCCCUUUUGAUUAUUGUAGUAAAAUCAGGUUUAAGUCUUUUUGUAGAAUGUACAUUUUAGGUUUUCCUAAUUUAUUUCAUCAAUAAUCAUUUACAAUGGGAAAAGGUGUUAUGGAACAUAUGAUGUUACUCAAAAUGUCACUAGAAUAAAUGAUCAUCAGCUAGGCAUUAAAGUGUUGGUACAACUGUUGGUUUAAAUUCCAUUAUUGUUCAUAUAAUCUUCUGUGAAUUGAGGAAACAACUGAUGUUUUAAGUGCGUCAUGUACUUCAUUGAACAAAAACGUAUGAUUGUCAUAACAGGAAAAGAACUUUGUAUUCUUUAAUAACUUUGUUUAUUGGAGUUAUUUGUUUAAGAAAUCAUUUUGAUCAAAGUAGAAACAUUUAAGCUUUAAUAUGUUAAUCGUUAGAUAAAUAUGUAAAUGAAAAAAGAUUGUAGAUUGUUUGCUUGAUCGUCUACUAGAAUAAAAAAAAGCUAUAUGACUAACUUAGUUAAUAUACCUUUAUUGCUUAUUGUUAAAUAUUGCAAGUUCAAAAUUAUAUAGUGUCAAAGUAAUGUUGUUGAGUUUAACAGCACAUAUGUUUGUUUAGGUAUUAUUGUAAUAAUUUAAAUAUAAGAAAACAGUUGAAUGCAUUAAUUUUGAAACCUUUUACAGUUGUUAACAUUUUGUUGAGUCAUGACUUAAGUUGAAAAAUAAAUCAAAGUCUAUUUAUGCUGUCUUUUAUAUGUAGAAUGCUGUUCUUAUGUACAACACUGAAGCUGCAUGUAUCGGUUAAAUGCUCAAUGCCAACGGGCUUAUUCAUAUUUCCAGCAUGACUAGGUAACUAUUAACAAUGUUAAUAGCCUGAAAAAUAAAGACUUGUAAAUUACA